UCUCACCAAAUUACCAAAAUACCCUUUUCACGGACCAAAUUACCGAAACACCCUCUCUAUUUCUCUCUCUCUCUGAGCAAAACCCUCCCCCAAAGAAAAACCCUAACCCUAAUAUCUCUUGACAAUUUCCCCCUCCCCAUUGAAACCACACUCUAAAAGAAAUGGAAGAAGACGCGGAAGGCGUCCUCAGCUUCGACUUCGAAGGGGGCCUGGAGGUGGGCCACACCGCCACCGCCAUCACGAACCCCACCCCCUCUUCGGCCCUAAUCCCCACCGAUCCCUCCGGCCCCAACGCCAACAACCUCGCAUUGGUCCCCGCCGCGGCGGGCCCCGGCCCUGACGCGAUCGUCGGCAUGAACAAUCACGUCCAUCCGUCGAUGAUGGGGGGCCGGAGGAGCUUCCGGCAGACGGUGUGCAGGCACUGGCUGAGGAGCUUGUGCAUGAAGGGGGACGCCUGCGGGUUCUUGCACCAGUACGACAAGGCGAGGAUGCCGGUCUGCAGGUUCUUCCGCAUGCACGGAGAGUGCCGGGAGCAGGACUGCGUCUACAAGCACACCAACGAAGACAUCAAGGAGUGCAACAUGUACAAGUUGGGUUUCUGUCCGAAUGGUCCUGACUGCCGUUAUAGGCAUGCGAAGCUGCCUGGACCUCCACCCUCUGUGGAAGAAGUUUUUCAGAAGAUGCAGCACCUAAAUUCAUUUGGUUAUGGGUCUUCGAACAGGUUUUUUCAACACAGGAAUACUGGUUAUACCCCACAAGCAGAACGACCUCAAUUUCCACAAGGUUCUGCUGUAGUUAAUCAUGGCACAUCAGUAAAAGCGUCUACAACUGCAGAGUCCCCCAAUCUGGAGCAGCAGCAGCAGCCGCAAAUGCAGCAGACUCAACAGCAACAGGCUAGCCAGACUCAGAUACAGAACCUUCCCAAUAGUUUGCCGAAUCAAGUCAACAGAAGUAAUGUAACACCACUCCCUCAAGGGCAAUCUAGGUAUUUUAUCGUUAAAAGUUGCAACCGAGAAAACUUGGAACUUUCAGUACAGCAAGGAGUAUGGGCAACGCAAAGGAGCAAUGAGGCGAAACUUAAUGAAGCUUUUGAUUCCUCAGAGAAUGUGAUUUUGAUAUUUUCUAUAAACCGAACUCGACAUUUCCAGGGAUGCGCAAAGAUGACAUCCAAAAUUGGUGGAUUUGUCGGUGGAGGAAACUGGAAAUAUGCACAUGGAACUGCACAUUAUGGCCGGAAUUUCUCGGUCAAAUGGUUAAAGCUGUGUGAAUUAUCCUUCCACAAAACUCGCCAUUUGAGGAAUCCAUACAACGAGAACUUACCAGUGAAGAUAAGCCGAGACUGCCAAGAGUUGGAGCCUUCUAUUGGUGAGCAGUUGGCUUCGUUGCUCUAUCUUGAACCAGAUAGUGAACUCAUGGCCAUCUGGGAAGCAGCAGAAUCAAAACGGGAAGAGGAGAAGGCAAAAGGAGUUAAUCCAGAUGAUGGGGCCGAGAAUCCUGAUAUUGUCCCCUUUGAGGACAACGAAGAAGAGGAGGAAGAGGAAAGCGAGGAAGAGGAAGAGAGCAUCAGCCAGCCUCUUGGCCCUGCCCAAGGCAGGGGUAGGGGAAGGGCAAUGUGGCCCCCGCACAUGAUGAUGGCACGCGGAGCCAGGCCCAUGCCCGGAGUCAGGGGCUUCCCACCUGUCAUGAUGGGCCCCGAUGGAUUCAGUUACGGAGGUGUCACUCCCGAUGGAUUCGCCAUGCCGGAUCCUUUUGGUGUGGCUCCCCGUGCUUUUGGCCCUUACGGCCACAUGGCUCCAAGGUUUCCUGGUGACUUCUCCGGCUUGAAUCAGGGUUCUGCCAUGGGCUUCAAUCCCAUGGAUGGAACAGGCCCCACGGCAGGGAUGGUAUUUCAUGGACGGCCUUCCCAGCCCGGAGCUGUUUUUCCAGCUGGUGGGCUUGGGAUGAUGAUGGGUCCAGGUCGGGGCCCAUUCAUGGGUGGGAUGGGGAUGCCAGGUGCAGCUCAAGCACGGCCCAUUCGGCCACCGAUCGGCAUGCCUCCGUUCCGUCCACCUCCACCCCCACCCCCACAACCUACCAACCGGAUGGUGAAGAGAGAUCAGAGGAUCUCCGGGAAUGACAGGAACGAGAGAUACACACCGGAGCAGGGCAAGGGUCAGGAGGCUCCUGGCCCUAGCAGCGGACCAGAUGAUGGAGUGAAGUAUCCACCUCAGGCCCCAAAGGCCCACCAUGAGGACUUGUUUGGUGCAGGCAACAGCUACAGAAAUGACGAGAGUGAGAGUGAGGACGAGGCGCCGAGACGGUCAAGACACGGAGAAGGCAAGAAGAAGCGGCGUGAAUCGGAGGGAGAAGCCAUGUCCGAUCAGUGGGAUGCACCAUCAAACGAGAAUUAGAAUCCGGCAACGCUACUGAUGCUAGCACACCAUUUUCUACCCUUUGGCUUUCGUUUUCAUCCUUGGAUCCAUAGACCCUGAAUCGGGUAGUUUAUAUCAUGGUUAAAAGGCUUGGUGACUCUUGUUGAUUCAUUCAGCCCUGAAUCGAAGUCGGGACUCGCCUGAGUUGGGGGUCGCUUGUGCUAUCGAACCGGAUUGGUUGCACUACCGAAUCCGAGUUGUCUCAGCCUGAGUCGUAUCCCCAAGUCUUAAAACCAUGUUUUAUAUCCUCCAUUUCUGAAUUAUUAUUUUUUCGUUUUUUUGGUUCUGUAAUUGGGAAAUUUUAGAAGUUGAAAACAGUAAUGUUGUGGUGAUAUCUUAUUUGGGUAUUUGAUGUAUUGUUAGGAAUCUAUGUUUCUCAGCUGUUAAAUUAGCAGAGGUGUAUAUUACAUGGGAAUUGGAAAAAAGAGAAUCAUGAAUAUGGUAUUUUGGGAAA